UUACUCGUACAGGUUUGUGUGGAGCAACAAACUUAACUUUGUUAAACGAAAUCUCGCUCCCAUUAUUAGUGAGCCUGUUGAACGAAGCGAGUUAGUCAACACACACACACACACACAUACAUAACACAGUCAGUCUGUGUCUGGCACCGUGUGUUUACUGACAAGAUGGCAGAGCAAGGACAAAGCAAAGAACCCAAGGAAUUUACAGAGCUGGACUGGAUUACUCUCAAGAAUGACCUCAACUCAGAACAAGUAUUGAAAGUUGAAACAUCAUCCUCAAAAUUCUACCGAAAAUUCCAUGAAAAUCCAUUUGUGCCAGUUGGUUGUGGCUUAACAACGGUUGCACUGAUUUACGGGCUGUACAGCUUCAGCACUGGGAAGCGUGGCACAUCACAAAACAUGAUGAGAUUGAGAGUGGUGGCUCAGGGAUUUACUGUGGCUGCUCUCAUGUUGGGUAUUGCAAAGACAUCCAUGUCUUGAAGCAACAGAAGACAUUAUCUCCUUGAGUGUAAGUGAUCUGAGAAUAUCGCAAGAUUGACUCUUUCUGUAGUAAAUGACAAUGGUCACUUGUAUUUUUCAGUUUUGUACCUUCUUCAAGAUACGUUUUCCUCCAACAAAAAUUACAAAUUUAGAUAUACAAGGUGAAUGCAAAAGAUUGAAAAGAAAUAUAUUUGUUGUAACUCAGUAUAUAUAGGGCAGAAUCCUAAUUUUGCAUUAAUUUAUUAGUGUUUUAAGAUAAAUCUGAAUAAUAUUUGAUGUCCUGAGAUAGAUGCUUAUCUAAAUGCUCUUCAAACAUGGUGUUGCUUGCAAUCAUUGAUUUAAUACAUCUUAAUUCUCUCACACCACUGCAGUCCAUCUUUCUCCCUCUUCUGUUAUUUCCAUGGUUACCACUCUUUUGAAUUUGCAAACUGCAUGCCUUCCUUCUUCAAAUGAUCUCAUUGUACAACUUUCUACAUACUCUCAAUCCUAUUAUGUCCAUCUUAGUAAUGCAAGCAUUAACCAUUAUCUUGUCUUUUUCAUUCCUUUCACUGGUAAACUCUGCAUUUCCCUGUUUCUCUUUUUUUCCCUUUUUCAGUGACUUGAACUGUUUCAAAAGAAAAGCAUCAAAACAACUCAGAAACCAAAUUGGUCAUCUCUCUUGGGUUUUGUGUUUCUCUUUGAGAGUAACAUUAUGAGUAGGCUGCUCUCUCUCUCUCUCUCUCUCUCUCUCUCUCUCUCUCUCUCCUCUCUCUCUCUCUCUCUCUCUCUCUCUCUCUCUCUCUCUCUCUCUCUCUCUCUCUCUCUCUCUCUCUCUCUCUCUCUCUCUCUCUCUCUCUCUCUCUCUCUCUCUCUCUCUCUCUCUCUCUCUCUCUCCAAUGGCAUAAGAUUCAAGAAAAAUAUGGGACAAUACUUCCACCUGUUAGCAUUUUUAAUCAAUGAUAGCUGAUAUGAUCUGUCUUUAUCUCAGGGCACCAGUGUCAAACAUCUACUUGCUUGAUAACAAGCAAAAUAUCACACACACACACACACACACACACACACACACACA